GCCAAUGCCAUCAAUUCUCCCUCAUGCGACGAUGUUUCCUGGCGACUAAAGGACUAGCUGGCUUCUGCCGCUCCUGGCAGUCGUCCGUCACCCCCAAUGCGACCUUCGCAGCCCGUCUGGCGCUCAAUGGCCAGUGGAGGUCAUUGAGCUGCACAGCUCGAUUGGCCGCCAGCUCCAUUCACGAUCCCACCGUCGUCGAACAGCGCAUCUCGAAGAUUCCCAUUGAGCGCUUCCGCAACUUCUGCAUCGUCGCUCACGUUGAUCAUGGCAAGAGCACGCUUAGCGAUCGGCUGCUGGAGCUCACGAAUACCAUUCCUCCCGGCGGCAACAAGCAGAUUCUAGACAAAUUGGAUGUGGAAAGAGAGCGAGGCAUCACUGUCAAGGCGCAGACAUGCUCGAUGGUAUACAACCACAACGGUGAAGACUACCUUCUGCAUCUUGUCGACACACCUGGCCACGUAGACUUCAGGGCGGAAGUCAGUCGCAGCUACGCCAGUUGUGGUGGAGCACUGCUACUGGUCGAUGCUUCGCAGGGCAUUCAGGCACAGACCGUAGCCAACUUCUAUCUUGCCUUUGCACAGGACUUGACACUAGUUCCGGUGCUCAACAAGGUCGAUUUGCCAACAGCAGAUACGCAGCGAACUAUCGAGCAGCUUCAGGACACUUUUGAGAUCGAUUCUUCCAAUGCUGCUAUGGUGUCUGCGAAGACAGGUCUGAAUGUUGCCCAGUUGUUGCCUCAAAUUGUGGAACAAAUCCCAGCGCCGGUCGGAGACGAGAAUGGCCCCCUCAAGAUGCUUCUCGUGGACAGCUGGUACGACAACUACAAAGGUGUGAUUCUGCUCGUCCGGAUAUUCGAAGGCAAGGUCAAAGCCGGCGAUCGAUUGGUGUCCUAUGUCACCGGGCUCGAGUACAUUGCAGGUGAGGUCGGCAUCAUGUAUCCGCUCGAACUACCACAGAAGUGCUUGCGAGCAGGUCAGCUCGGAUACAUCUACAUGAACCCAGGCAUGAAACGCAGCAAAGAGGCCAAAAUUGGUGACACAUACACGACUGUAGCCUACAAGAACUGGGACGUCGUCAAGCCUUUGCCGGGGUUUGUUGAGCCAAAGCCCAUGGUGUUCGUUGCUGCCUUCCCCACCGAUCAAGGAGACUACACCCAUCUUGAGGACAGCAUCAACCAGGUCACGCUCAACGAUCGAUCCGUGACAGUCAUGAAGGAGAGUAGUGAAGCUUUGGGCGCGGGCUGGCGCUUAGGCUUUCUGGGCACGCUUCACUGCUCUGUCUUCGAAGAUCGUCUGAGGCAGGAGCAUGGCGCCAACAUUAUCAUCACCCCACCUUCCGUGCCCUUCAAAGUGAUACGCAAGGAUGGCAAGGAAGAAAUCAUCACAAAUCCAAAUGACUUCCCUGAGAAUCAGCAGGUUCAUCAGACUGUCGCUGAGUUGCAGGAGCCGUAUGUCGAGGCCACAAUUACGUUUCCGCAAGAGUACUUGGGAGAAAUCAUCAAACUGUGCGAGGCCAAUCGCGGCGAGCAGCAGUCUUUGACGUUUUUCACUGCCACGCAAGUGAUUCUCAAGUAUUUGUUACCCCUGGAACGGUUGGUGGAUGACUUCUUCGGGAAGCUUAAAUCGGCCACCAAAGGAUAUGCAUCACUCGAUUAUGAAGAUGCUGGAUACCGAAAGUCCAAUAUUAUCAAGUUACAAUUGAACGUUAACAAGGUACCGGUCGAUGCUGUAGCCAGAGUCAUUCACUACUCUGAAGCCGAAAGGCUUGGCAAAGCAUGGGUGACUAAGUUCAAGGAGCACGUCGAUCGACAAAUGUUCGAAGUGGUCAUUCAAGCUGUAGCAGGCAAGCGUGUGGUUGCACGCGAGACGCUCAAGCCUUUCAGGAAAGAUGUGUUACAGAAGCUACAUGCCGCUGAUGUGUCCAGAAGGCGGAAAUUACUGGAGAAGCAGAAGGAAGGAAAACGGAGGAUGCGAGCCGUUGGCAACGUUGCGAUCGAUAACAAGGCAUUCCAGAGCUUCCUAGCUAAAUAACCACAGCACUUCAAGCAACCAUGUAUAAUUAUCAUCCCG